GAUGGCUCUGUGUGGGAGGCUUCGGUCCACUUGGCUCUCGAAACAGCUGGGUCCAUCGAGUACAAGUUUGUUCUUGUGGUGCCUGGCCCCGGAGGAGAGGCCGUCACCGUAUGGGAGCAGGGUCCAAACCGCCACCUGAGCGCGAACCCCUCGGGCUACGUCUUCGCCCACUUCGAGGAGACCGGCUGCGCGGUCCCUGGCUGCCUCCAGGCGCCCGCGCGGCCUGUGAGGGUGGCAGGACGCACCGUGGUGUGGGAGGUCCUCUGCGACGCCACCUCGUAUGGAGAAACGCUUCUGGUGGUCGGAGCGGAUCCCGCGCUCGGUGCCUGGGAUCCCGACGCUGGCCUUCGGCUGUCCACCGACCCCUCUUCCUUCCCGUGGUGGCGCGGGGGGGAGAGCCUGGCCGACUGCCCUCAAGAGGUCGCGUGGAAGCUCGCCGUCCGCCGCGCGGAUGGCAGCGUGCUGUGGGAGCCCGGGGCGAACCGCGAGACGGUACUGCUUGACACGAGCCGUGGCGGCGGCGCAGAUCUGCUGCAGGUGACUUUCGGCGACCAGAGCGAGGAAAGGCACGUCACGCUUUCAACAAAAGCGGUGGCCUCCCCAGUGGAGGAGGACUUCGAGAUGGACGUCGACGAUGCCCCCAGCACGGAGUUCGACGACGCGGAAUCUGCGUUCACAGAGUGGCCAUGGUCCAUGCCGACGACGCCCACACUUCUGCCGCACAUGUUCACGUUGGGCUACACUCUUCAUGGGGGCUCCAGUUGCAUUGGGAAAGGCGACACCUGUGAGGACGCCUGCUUUGUUGGGUCGAGCUCAGCGGGAGUCGCCGACGGCGUGAGCAGCAUCGGCAAUUUCGCGUCCUACGGGUGUUCUGCGGCGGAUUACGCGCAGGAGCUCAUGGCACUGGCGUCGGCGGAUCUUCACAGCGGUGGCGACGCAUCCUGCGCCACUCCGCGGGUGGAGCCAGACGCGAGGGCCUUGGCAGCCAUCGCCGCAGCAGAGCGCGGGGCCAGCACUUACGGUGCGUCCACGAUCACCGUCGCCCACCUCGACGGCUCCUGCUUGGGAGUGGCCAGCUUGGGCGACUCGGGGUUCAUGCUGCUCCGCCGUGUCGACGCGGGCCUCGUCGAGGGUGGCGCCACGCCCGGUGGCUUUGGGAUUGUGACCAGGUCCGCUGAGCAGCAGCACGGGUGGAACUUCCCGUUUCAGCUCCUUCGGGUGCCCGCAGCGCUGCAGAGGCUGUCGAGGAAGCAGAAGCUGGACACGGCCGACGACUGCCAGCGCUACCGCAUCCCUGUGCGCCCUGGAGACCUCCUGCUCCUUUACUCGGACGGCUUCAGCGACAACCUCUACGAACAUGAGAUUCUGGAGGCGGUCCAGCGCCUGACGUCCUGUACCGAUGGGCGGCUCGCGGAUCCCCGUGGGCUGGCCACGGAGCUCGCCCUGCUGGCGCGUGCGCACAGCUUGGACCCUGCGGCGCACGUGCCGUUCGAGGACAGCGCGCUGGAACAGGCCGGCCUCGUCUUCGAGGGCGGCAAGGUCGAUGACAUCACAGUGGUGGCCGCGUGGGUGGUGCAAGAGCGCGGUCUCAAGGGCUCUGCGUGA